AUGACCCUGGUGGACACGUCGGUAUGGGUAAACCAUUUUCGGCAUAACGAACCCGACCUGGCGGCAUUGCUCGAAGAGGCACAAGUCAUCAUGCAUCCGAUGGUGAUGGGCGAAUUGGCUUGUGGCAACCUCGGGAACCGGGACAUCGUGCUGGAGAUGUUGAGAGGUUUGCCGAGAAUUGCAGAAGCGAGUCAUGAGGAGGUCCUGUUUUUCAUUGAGAGAAACCGGCUAAUGGGUCGGGGAAUAGGAUACGUAGACGUUCACCUGCUGGCAGCGGUAUCAAUGAGCGGGUCGGUCCGAUUAUGGACCGAAGAUCGGCGACUUCGAGAUACGGGUGCUGAGUUGGGGUUGGUUUACUGA